GACCUUUGUCUACAUGCACAUGUCCCAAUGUUUUAAUGUGAAUCCUAAUUUCUUACAUAUGUAUAAUCAUUCAAAGGAUUUUUUUUUUAUAUAAGAAGGACGGUUGGAGCGCAUUCUACUUCUUAAGAAGGCGAUCUACCAAUUCGUAUGUACGUUUUUAACCGAAUACAAAUAUACAUGAUGUCAAUCGGUCGUAAAGUUGGUUAUGCUGAUAUGACAGCAAUGUCGGAAAUCGAUGAAAUUGGAAUUAACCAAAAUCUAUACGUUCGAUACAAUAGUGACAUAAUAUAUACUUAUACCGGAUCAAUACUUCUGGCUGUAAAUCCUUAUAAAUCCAUUAAUAUAUACAAUACGCAAAAUAUUUCUGAAUAUCAUACUUGCAAGCUUGGAGAUUUAUCGCCUCAUGUGUUUGCUGUAGCAGAAGCAGCUUAUACCAGCAUUGUCGAUGAUAAUAUAAAUCAGGCGUGUGUAAUUUCCGGUGAAUCUGGAGCUGGAAAAACAGAGACUACAAAAUUUAUACUGCAGUACUUAUGCACAGUUACUUCGAACGUUUCCUCCUGGGUACAGCAGCAGAUUUUGGAAGCCAACACUAUUUUGGAAGCAUUUGGAAACGCCAAAACAACAAGAAACGACAACAGUUCUAGGUUUGGUAAAUUUAUGCAAGUUUGCUUCGACGACUACAACUGUAUUAAAGGAUGCGUAAUUCAGGAUUACCUGCUCGAACAAUCUCGGAUAACAUUUCAAAGUGAAGGGGAACGAAACUAUAAUAUAAUGUAUCAGUUAGUUGCUCAGGGACAGAAAAAUAUCGGCAUCGCAAAAUCCUUUAAUUUAAAGCCACCUGAGUUUUACAAAUAUCUAAAUACGUCCAAUUCUGAAAAAAUAAAUAUGCACUCAGAGUCAAAGAAGUUUGAUGCUGUUACCAUGGCGUUUACGGUUUUACAAAUUCCGCAAUUUGUUAUAGAUGGCGUUUUUAAAGUGCUUAGUUCCAUUUUGUGGCUAGGUAAUAUAGAGUUUAUAGACGUUGAUGGAGAAGUCACCGAUUUUUCUAGUUCAGACCAAGAAGUGAUAUCGAUUAUAUCAAACCUUUUGGGACUUAAUCGCUGUGACUUUAAAAAGGUUUUAUUAAUUCGCCAAAUAAACGUUCGGGGAAAUAUCACGGAAAUUCCUUUAAAAAUAAAAGAGGCUAUAGAAAAUCGACAUGCUUUGGCAAAAGCACUGUACUCAAAAACGUUUACAUGGCUGGUUUCAAAAAUAAAUAGCUGUACAAAUCCAGGACAAGAUGGCGCAAAAUUUCUUGGAGUUCUCGAUAUAUUUGGAUUUGAAAAUUUUUCUCAUAACUCAUUUGAGCAACUAUGCAUUAACUAUACCAAUGAAAAGCUUCACAAAUUUUUUAACCAUUAUGUUUUCGCCUUAGAGCAAUCAAUCUAUGAACAAGAAGGAAUAUACUUUAAUCAUGUGGAGUUUACAGAUAACACUCCUUGCCUGGAAAUAAUGGAGAAACCUCCGCGAUGUGUGUUCAAGUUACUGACAGAACAGUGUCAUAUGCCAAAGGGCUCCGAUUCAGCUUUUUUAUGUAAUAUGCACACUGAGUUCGAGUCCCACCCAAAUUACAUAAAAGGGUCUGAUCGUCGUCUUUGGGAAACCGAGUUUGGAAUAAAACAUUACGCUGGACUUGUGAUCUACGCUGCGGGCGGAUUUGUAGAAAAAAAUCGAGAUGUACAACAAGAUGUAAUGUUUGAUUACAUGAGCUGUAGCAAAGACUUGUUUAUAAAAGAUUUAUCAAAAUACCAGGAUUUCCAAUUCAUCAGUUCGAGUUACCCACGAGGAUCAUCCAAAUCAAAAUGUACUGUGAGUGAUAAUUUUCGACAUCAGUUACAGUCCCUCAUAGAUGUUCUCCAAAAUACAAAGCCUUGAUCUGCUAGAGCCUAAUAUCACGGACAACCAUCCCAAUCUAACUGUCAACUCUGAAGCCUGGAAAAUACCAG